CCGGAAACAUUAUCAGUUAAUACAACAAAUAUUAAUGGUGAUGGUUUUAUAAACAGUCCCAACAAUAAUAAUAAUCAUAGUAAUAGUAGCAACAAUAGUAAUAAUAAUAGUAUCAACAACAACAACAACAACAGUAAUAGCAGCAGUAAUAAUAACAGUAAUAGCAACAAUAAUAACAGAUUAGGUGUUGUUAAUAAUUUAAGUCAAAAUCAUCUUCAUCCAACACAAAAUCAUCAAAAUCAUCAAAAUGGAUUUCAAAUGAGUCAAUUGAGCUCGAAAUAUAGUUUACAUUUUAAUAAUAGUAAUAAUAAUAGUAAUAAUAAUAAUAAUGCAACUAAUAAUAAUAAUAAUAAUGAUAAUGAUAAUAAUAGUCAAUAUAUAAACCAAAAUUUGAGUCCAUAUUCAAGCCACAAUAGUAACAGCAGCAGUUGUAGUAAUAGUAAUUAUAAUAAUAAUAGUAAUAAUAGUAGUAAUCACCAUAGUAAUAGUAAUCGCAAUAACAAUAUUAAUAAUGAUCAUCACAAUCAUUAUACACAUCAACAACAACAGCAACAUUGUAAUAAUAAUAAUAACACAAAUGCUAAUCAAAUUGAUAAUAAUUAUCAACAUCAUAUUCAAAGAAGAAUUAAUAAUAUACAACAACAGCAACAACAACAACAAAUUCAUCAUCAUAUUAAUAAUAAUAAUUAUUUGCAACCACCACCACAAAUUAGUAUUUCACAUCAUGGCAGUAAUAGCAGCAGUUGUAGUAAUAGCGUUAAUAAUCAUAAUAGUAGCAUUAUUAAUAAUAAUUGCACUACUAUGCAGCAGAAUUUAAGUAGUUGUAGUAAUAAUAGUGUGAUUUGUUUGAAAUAAAAUUAUAAACACAAAAAAAAAAUUUAAAAAAAUAAAAAAACGCAAAUUGAACUUGUUAAUUAAUUAAAAGAAAAUUUUAAAACAAACAGAAUUAAAAAUAUUUUAAAAUGUAAAAAAUCAACAAAAUUAUAAAGAAAAUUAAAAUAAUUUAAAAAAUAUAAAUUCACCCAAUAAGAAGAAAAAAAUAUGUUUUAUAGUUUUAGAUACUACUAGCAGGAAAAGUCCAAAAUUGUUAUACCAUAGGCAAUUAUUGAAAAAAAAAAAUUAAUUGUUAAAUUUCAUUUAAAUUUUUUGUCAAUCAAAUUAUAAAAUAUUUUCUUUUAACUAACAAUUUUAUUAUAUUAAGAACAUAUUUAUUCUUAAUUUAAAAUAAAAUUCAUCAUAUUUUUUUCAGAAUAAUUUCAAAAUACUUUAUAAUUAAU